AUGCAGUCCUCGAAUGUGGUCGUGGUAAUCGGAUGUGGCGGCAAGGGCCUCCCCUGCGCUCGUCGUCUGGGCAUCGGCCGACAGGUCUUGCUCGCGGAUGUCUCGGCCGAUAGGCUUUCCAUUGGCGCAACCGCCUUACACAACGAGGGCUAUUUUGUUCAUACGGCACUCGUGGAUAUUUCGAGCUUCGACUCGGUCAACGAGCUUGCGCAAAAGGCCUUUGUCAUAGGCCCCGUCGAGACGAUUAUUCUCGCUGCUGGCGUAGGUCCAGCAGCCGACUGCGCCCGCACCGUCUACGAAAUCGAUUUACUCGGGACUAUCAACGUUAUAGAUGCCUUCCUUCCGAUCGCCCAGGCUGGUUCCAACUUCGUCUGCAUCUCUGGAAUGGCGGGCCACCUCUGUCCACCUCUAGACCCCGCAUUCGAACGUCACCUCGCCACAGCAUCGCGUGAACGGCUACUCGCGCAUCCCGACUUCAACAUCAAUGAAACGGGCCCUCAGGGUGCGGCUGCGGCUUACGGUCUAUCUAUGCGUGGGAAGCUGGUUAGGGUGCAGGCUUCUGCGGCGGCUUGGGGGUCAAGGGGGGCCAGGAUCAAUUGUGUGAGCCCUGGAGUGAUUCCUGCUCGGACUGAUCAGCGCGGGGUGGAUGGAUCCGUUGAUAAUCUAGUAAGGAUAUCUCCUGCCAGAAGGGCUGUGACGCCGGCAGACAUUGUCAACGCGGUAGCAUUUCUUGUCAACCCCGCGUCCUGCUUCAUCACUGGUACUGAUAUCUUGGUGGACGGCGGCAUUGUCUCCUCCAUGAGGUGGGAUACGGAGUGA